AAAUAAAACGGAAUCUAGAACGAAAAAGGCAAGAAAAGAUAACAAACACUGCCGUUUUCGAAUGGCCACGGCCGUCGUCCGCCGUCCACUCCUCGCCGCGCUUCUUCCCGCCGCCUCCCGCCCCUCCCGAUUCCGUAUCCGGCGGCGUCGGUCUCCGCUUCCGUUCCUCGCCGUGUCCUCCGAUUCCCCCAAACCCGCCACCUCCACCUCCUCCUCUUCUGCCGGCGGCGACAAUCCCGACGAGGAGCCACCUGUCCUACCGCUCCUCCAGGAACUCGCGGAUUGCUUGGUUCUUCCGCCCAAGUUCCUCUCUCAGCUCCCCGGCGACCUUCGUCUCGACCUCAAUGAUGCAGCGUUUGAUCUCUCCAAUGGGCCGGUUCUUGACGAGUGCGGUCAAGAAGUUGGUGAUCUGCUCCUGAACCUGGCGAAAGCAUGGGAGAUGGCUGACACAUCAGCGUCAAAUAACUUUGCCAAGCAGCUUCCAUCAAUGGAGCCCUACUUGAUGGCCAGCGCCAAAUCAGCAUUUGGCAAGCGGCUGGUGUCAGCUGGAAGGAGAUUUCAGUCAAUGGGGCAGUACAGCAAGGGAGAGCUCACGACGAUUGCUGAAACAAUGAUCAAGAAUGGUACGUUACUAUCGAAACGCCCAGUGAUUCAGUCUGAUGUGCAGGCUAUGAAAGAAAAAAGAAAGCUGAAGUUUGGAGAACUUGAGUUAGAACUGACAGCUGAAAAGGCCUAUAUCGGUGCUGCAGUUGGAGCAGUGUUCGGAUUUCUCUCAUGGCAACUAGCCCAAGGUGUGCAAAGCAUUCCAGAUAAUUCGAUGCAGUAUGCAAACGGCAACGCACCGCAGCUGGCUACGUCGCUCAAGGUCGCACUUCUUUUUCUUGUCUACACUUCCACCGGCCUAUCCGUAUUCACGGCGCUGGGGUUGCUGAUACUAGCUCAGCAGAUCAACCCCGAGAACAAAUCGGAGUAACUACAUACCAUUUUCUGAAACUGUGGAUAUCAUGUCUUUGUAUGCUCGAAUAAGGCAACGCUCAUACGUUCUGGCGUGUGAGCAGCUGGGCUUUUGACACUGUAACUGUGAGAAUGUAUGCAAUGGUUUGUACAAAAAUAAAGAGCUAUUUCUUUGUGAUUAUGAAUAAAAUUUAUCGAGAUCUUAAAGCAAAUAA